GCAUGGACGCUUUGGAUCGAGUUGUAAAGCCCAAAACAAAAAGAGCCAAGAGAUUCCUUGAGAAAAGAGAACCGAAGCUCAGUGAAAAUAUUAAAAAUGCUAUGCUGAUUAAAGGAGGCAAUGCAAGUUCAACAGUGACACAAGUACUUAGAGAUGUGUAUGCAUUGAAGAAACCAUAUGGAGUUCUGUAUAAAAAGAAAAAUAUUACAAGACCAUUUGAGGAUCAGACAUCAUUGGAAUUUUUUUCAAAGAAGUCAGAUUGUUCUUUAUUCAUGUUUGGCUCCCAUAAUAAGAAGCGGCCAAAUAAUCUAGUAAUAGGUCGUAUGUAUGACUACCACGUGCUGGAUAUGAUUGAAGUAGGUAUCGAGAAGUUUGUCUCCCUUAAAGAUAUUAAGAAUAGUAAAUGUCCGGAGGGAACAAAACCCAUGUUAAUAUUCGCAGGUGAUGAUUUUGAUGUAACAGAAGACUACAGAAGGCUAAAAAGCCUUCUUAUUGAUUUCUUCAGAGGCCCCACAGUAUCAAAUGUCCGCCUGGCUGGUUUAGAGUAUGUUCUGCACUUCACUGCACUGAAUGGGAAGAUUUACUUUCGAAGCUAUAAGUUGCUGUUGAAGAAAUCUGGCUGCAGAACACCUCGGAUUGAAUUGGAAGAGAUGGGACCCUCAUUGGAUCUGGUUCUGAGGAGGACACACCUAGCAUCAGAUGACCUUUAUAAGUUAUCUAUGAAAAUGCCCAAAGCCCUCAAGAAAAGAAGUUUUGAUAAGGGUUGAAGUGAGAAAGGAGAGAUUAGAUAAGUUAAGACACAUGACAUUUUAGGGUACUGGGUAGCCAGCCGUAGGUAGCUAAAGGUCACAUGAAGGCCCUGGGUGUUUGCAUACAGAGUAGGAGUAAGCCAAAGCCAAACAGCUUAUUUUGAAAUUUUCUUGAAGACUGGCCCUGUGCCUAGGAAAAUGGGGGAAAGCUUUCUGCUUCCUGCUCCUAGUACUGCAAACUUGU